GGAAGUGAGGGUGAGCGGGAAGCCCGAACAUGGAGUCGGCACCGGGAGGACGGCUGGUCAGCAAGGUGCUGAGCUGGAGGGCAGCGGCUGCCAUCGCCUGGUCUGUGCUGCUGCUGCCUCUCUCCACCUUCUCCUUCAUCUUCCUGAGCCGCAUCAGCCUCCUGCACCCCGUCCAGUGGGCAACAGACUCGCUGCAAGAAAUGUACAAUUCGUACACUGCCUUCUCCCUGCUGGUGCUGGCUGGCAUCGUGGUGACCAUCGGCACUUUCAACACCGAGUUUUACACUGUUGAGCCUUCCAUCCCGUGCAGUCGGAUUGCGCUGCUGGGGAGCGUGUUCCACCCACAGCGGUUACUACAUUCGGUGGUGCACGCGGCGCUGGGUGUGCUGACUGCGUGGUGCACCACUGUGCUCGUCGGUGGCCGCUACCACCUCAUGAGUGCCCCUUCCUCACAGGACAGUGUUGGAGUGGAGGGCCUGUACUUGAACGAGUUUCACGUUUUCCUGCUGGUGGGGGGUGCGUUCUUCGGCUACAGUUACAGUCUCCGAUACUUCAUCAACAACAUGAAUUACUUGUCAUUCCCAGCAAUCCAGCAAUUCAAGUACCUGCGUUUCAAGGCCAGCCUGUGGCUCGUGGUGAAGUACAGCGCUGUGCAGUCCUUCUACUUCCUUCGCAACUACUGCCUCCUUUACUACUUUCUAGGUUACGUUCCUCGAGCCUGGAUAAGCGCCUCAAUGUCUCUCCAGAAAGACAGUUCGGUACCAGCGCUUGACACACUGAGUGGCCUCUUGGACCCUCCUCUCCUGUACGUGGCCUGGCUGAGCGGCACCUUCCUCCUCCUCACCUGGUACCUCACCUGGCUGCUCUUCAAGAUCUUCAUCACUGAGGUUUACCAGUUCCCGGUACAGUUGCCUUUCGGUGAGGACGCCGAUCGAUGUCUUCCUCGAGUCCUGACGUCCAAAGUGUCACCACUUGUGAAGUGUCUGGCUCUGCAGGACCUGGCAUUACUGUCCCAGUAUUCCCCGUGCCGGAGGCAGGAGGUCUUCAGCCUGAGCCAGCCAGGAGGACACCCUCACCACUGGACGGCCAUCUCUAGCGAGUGCCUGGCGCUGCUCCGGGACCUGACACACACACUAACGGCCUAUCAGGAGGUGGCGGCCGGCAAUGGCAGAGUGAAGGCUGUACCACUCACCGCAGAGAAACGGGCCCUGGGCAGCAGCGCAGAGGCCUUGGGCUACAAUGAGGCAGCCAGUUACCAGCCUGCGCUCCGCACCUCCCACCUUUCUCACACGCCCCGCAGCUCGCCGCUGUUCAAGUCCUCCAACUCCUCAGUGCGGAGCCUGCUCAGCUUCCCCUUCACCCCCGACUUGAGCAGCCCCUUCGUCUCGCCUAUGGCCCCCCAGCAGGGCGAGGCCCUGGACAUGGCCUCCCCAUGCUACGGGUCGUUGCAGAGCCCCCACGUCAUGAGGAGGGGGCCCAAACUCUGGACAUCAGCUUCUCGAGCCUCUGGGUGCAUUCCCACCGCUGAGGACUAUCUGGUUCCAGUCAGCUGCCCGACCCCCGAGACAGUGCGCCCCAGCGGCCUCUCCCACUGGCUACUUCACCGUCAGGAACAGGUGAAAGUUUUCUUGUCGCGCCGAGUGCCGGUGGUGUAUUUGUUUCAUAAGCUUCCAGAGGCUUCAAGUCAGGCUGUGUUUGCCAACAGCCAGAUACACAUCUGGGCGCUGGAAGGCCUGUCCCACCUGACAGCAGCAUCCUUCACAGAGGACAGGUAUGGAGUGGUGCAGACCACACUGGCCUCCAUUCUCAGUGUCCUGCUCUCCCUUCAGGAGGCUGUGGACAAACACUUCAAGCUGCCGCACGCGUGCAGUCGGCCUGCGAGGGCCAGCGGGAGCCUGGCCGACUCCUCCUACAGGACGCUGCGCUUCGCCCUGCGCUCCGCCCUCAAGACUUCCAUCUACAGGAUCACCAGCACCUUCGGGGAGCACCUCGGGGCGGUCCAGGUCUCAGGGGAGCACAGGAAGCGUCUCCAGCAGUUCCUGACCUACAAGGUGUGAGCCUUCCGUGAAGUGUUCCUGUGGUUUGCUCAUUCCUGAUUCAGCCCCCGAGUUCCGUGGGGUUCGUGCCUUCACUACAGCCCGGUGCUGGGUCGGCAGGCAGUCAAGACAGACGGACACGUGUUCCCGUGCCGCGCUGCGCUGCUCUGUGUCACCUCUGUCCGGACGGAGCCGGUGGGAGUCAGAUGUUUUAUCGACUGUUUAUAAAUAAAGGUGCUGCUGUGUGUUUUAACAGCUCCCUCGCUGCCA